CUGGCCAGCAGCGCUUGGCUCUCCUCAUCUGUGGACGAGUGAACGGUAAUACGGUCGCACACGGGAUUGCUCCUGUUCAUUUCGCCUAUCUGGGUCUGCGAUGAAAAUUUCGCUUUAAACCGGAGGACGAAAUUCGCCCAAAAUGACGGUGGAUUUUGAAGACUGCAUCAAAGAUUCACCCCGAUUUAGGGCGAACAUUGAUGAGGUGGAGACAGAAGUGGUGGAGAUUGAAGCUAAGCUAGACAAGCUGGUGAAGCUAUGCAGUGGAAUGAUUGAAGCGGGGAAGGCGUACGUCAGCGCCAACAAGCUUUUUGUCAAUGGCAUUCGAGACUUGUCUCAGCAGUGCAAGAAGGACGAAAUGAUAUCGGAAUGCCUGGAAAAGUGUGGCGAGAGUCUGCAGGAAAUAGUGAACUACCACAUGAUCCUGUUUGACCAGGCUCAGAGAUCUGUGAAGCAGCAGUUGCAUAACUUUGUCAAAGAAGAUGUGCGAAAGUUUAAGGAGACGAAGAAGCACUUUGAUAAGGUGCGUGAGGAUUUGGAGAUUGCACAGGUGAAGAAUGCUCAGGCGCCCAGGAACAAACCCCAUGAGGUGGAGGAGGCCACCAGCACUCUCAACAUCACCCGCAAGUGCUUCCGCCAUCUAGCACUAGACUACGUGCUUCAGAUCAACGUCCUUCAAGCCAAGAAGAAAUUUGAGAUCUUAGAUGCAAUGCUGUCGUUCAUGCAUGCGCAGUAUUCACUCUUUCAGCAGGGCUAUCACCUCCUGGAUGAGAUUGACCCCUACAUGAAGAAGCUCGCUGCUGAGUUGGAUCAGCUGGUGAUUGAUUCAGCGAUGGAGAAGAGAGAUAUGGAGCACAAACAUGCCACAAUACAGCAGCGGGUACUACUACAGACUUUUUCCUAUGACGAUCCUAAGGUGGAGUUCAACGUGGAUGCCCCUAAUGGAGUGGUGAUGGAGGGCUACCUGUUCAAGAGAGCAAGCAACGCCUUUAAAACAUGGAACAGGCGGUGGUUCUCCAUCCAGAACAGUCAGCUGGUGUAUCAGAAGAAGCUGAAGGACUCUUUGACUGUUGUGGUGGAGGACCUGAGGCUGUGUUCCGUUAAACCGUGUGAGGACAUUGAGAGGAGAUUCUGCUUUGAAGUUGUGUCUCCUACCAAGAGCUGUAUGCUGCAGGCGGAGUCAGAGAAGUUCCGGCAGGCCUGGAUCCAAGCAGUGCAAGCUAGCAUCGCCUCGGCUUACAGAGAGAGUCCAGAUAACUACUACAUUGAGCGCCUGGACCGCACGGCAUCUCCCUCCACCAGCAGUAUAGACUCUGCCAGCGAGCCGCGAGAGCGCAGCGGCAGGGCUGAGAGCAUCCUGCAGAGAGUGCAGUGUCUGCCGGGCAACGAGCUGUGCUGCGACUGCGGCCAGGCCGACCCGCGCUGGGCUAGCAUCAACCUGGGAAUCCUGCUCUGCAUCGAGUGCUCUGGCAUCCACAGGAGUUUGGGGGUGCACUGCUCUAAAGUCCGCUCUCUCACACUGGACUCAUGGGAACCUGAGCUACUGAAGCUGAUGUGUGAGCUGGGAAACAGUGUUAUUAACCACAUCUAUGAGGGCACAUGUGAGGAGCAGGGCAUGAAGAAGCCAGGACCAAACAGCCCCAGGCAAGAAAAGGAGGCUUGGAUCAAAGCCAAGUAUGUGGAGAAGAGGUUCCUGAAGAAGAUGACGACGGGGGUGGUGCUAGUGAACGGAGAGAGGAAGUCAGAGCGGCACUGGAGUGUCAAAAAAUGCAGACGACACAACAGCGCCACCACUGUGCCCAAAAACCGACGGAAGUACAGACAGGAGCCCGGAUCGGCCUCCCCCGCAACACUGUCCUCAGCUGCUGCUGCUCUGGAGAGAAAGUUCAGGCGAGACUCGCUCUUCUGUCCAGAUGAGCUGGACUCUCUGUUCUCCUACUUCGACACUGGCUCAGGGCCUCGCAGUCCUGCAGGUCUCAGCAGUGACAGUGGUUUGGGCGGCAGCACUGACGGCAGCACUGACGUCCUGCUCUUUGGCUCUGUGGUGGACAGCGUCACAGAGGAGGAGUGUGAGGUGUCGGAGGAUUCGAGUGGCGAGGCGGAGCUGGAGCCGGAGGCAUCGGAUCCGGAGGACUCGCGUGAGCUUCAUCCAGGAGCACUGCUCUAUAAGGCCUGUCAGGCCCGUAACUUACCCGUCAUGGCUGAAGCGCUGGCUCACGGGGCUGACGUUAACUCCGUCAAUGAAGAGGAUGAGGGCAAGAGCCCCCUCAUACAGGCUGUGAUUGGAGGCUCUUUGAUAGCGUGCGAGUUUUUGCUGCAAAACGGUGCUGACGUCAACCAAAGAGACCUGAGAGGAAGAGGGCCGCUGCACCAUGCCACGUAUUUAGGACACACGGGGCAGGUCUGUUUGUUCCUGAAACGAGGAGCUACACAGAAUGACGGUGAUGACGAUGGUCAGGAUCCUCUCAGCAUCGCAGUGCAGGCUGCUAACGCUGACAUCGUCACACUACUCCGUUUGGCACGCAUGAACGAGGAGAUGAGGGAAUCAGAGGGUCCGUUUGGUCAGCCAGGCGACACCACUUACCUAGACAUCUUCCGCGAGUUUUCCCACAUGGCAUCCCACAACCCCGAGAAGCUGAAGCGGAGAAGCAUUCACUUCCGCCACUCAUUCAGAGUUUGACAGAUGGACUCCUGUGGAUGUGGAAACUAAAGAGAUUCAACUAAUUGCUGUUUCACAGGAUAGAAUGUUUACAGUUGUUUGGACAGAGAUUUUCUGUUUGCAGUGCAGUGCGUCUAUAUGCUUACGAUUAACUCCAGACUGAUUGGCCUCUUGAGAGAUUAUAGAGCUCUGUAGGCAGAGUAGUCUUACAUUUCCCAGCAAACAUGCUGAAGUACACAUUCAUGGCUGUGAUAAAUGGUUGCAUGCAAAAGUUUGCAUGUUUUGUUAAUUUACUAAGCGAAAAUAAGUAACAUUCUCUACAGGGAGCAUUUUUCUGCAAAUUUUAGUGCACAAUUUCUGUUUAUUUGCUGAUUUAGAAAAAGAAAAUUACAUAAUAUAUAA